GUUCCUGUGGAUCUUGUAAUUGAUCAUUCUGUUCAAGUUGAUGUAGCAAGGUCUGAAAACGCAAUACAGGCUAAUAUGGAGCUUGAAUUUCAUAGGAAUAAAGAGAGAUUCGCUUUCCUUAAAUGGGGAUCGUCUGCUUUUCAUAACAUGCUUGUUGUUCCUCCUGGUUCGGGAAUUGUACAUCAGGUUAACCUAGAAUACCUUGGGAGGGUUGUUUUUAAUACGGACGGCCUUCUCUACCCCGACAGUGUGGUUGGUACCGAUUCCCACACAACAAUGAUUGAUGGGUUAGGAGUUGCUGGAUGGGGAGUUGGAGGAAUAGAAGCAGAGGCAGCAAUGCUUGGUCAGCCCAUGAGCAUGGUGUUACCUGGUGUUGUUGGGUUCAAGUUGACUGGAAAACUGCGGGAUGGUGUCACAGCUACUGACUUGGUAUUAACUGUGACUCAAAUGUUGAGGAAGCAUGGUGUUGUCGGCAAGUUUGUUGAGUUUUAUGGUGAGGGUAUGGGUGAACUAUCAUUAGCUGAUAGGGCAACUAUUGCGAACAUGUCGCCUGAAUAUGGAGCAACCAUGGGUUUCUUUCCUGUGGAUCAUGUCACUUUGGAGUAUCUUAAGUUAACCGGAAGAAGUGAUGAAACAGUGGCAAUGAUAGAAGCAUACCUACGCGCAAACAGAAUGUUUGUUGAUUACAAUGAGCCUGAUGAGGAAAGAGUAUACACGUCCUACUUGCAGUUGGACCUAUCAGAUGUUGAACCCUGUGUUUCGGGACCCAAGCGUCCCCAUGAUCGAGUUCCUUUGAAAGAUAUGAAGGCGGAUUGGCAUGCAUGUCUUGAUAACAGAGUUGGAUUCAAGGUUUAG